CAACGUCGGCGGCGCCGGGCGGGACCGGGCUGCGGCCGGGACCGGGAUCGGCACCGGGUUCAGGACCGGCACCGCGAUCAGGACCUGGACCGAGACAGGGGCAGUGGUGUUGCUCAGGGUCGUGAAAGCAGAGGCCGGAGGGCUCGGCGGAACCCGGCCAUGUUCUGAGGGAGGCUGCAGGACGCCGCUGCGAUCCGGGUAGCGCAGGUGUGCUGAAGGAAUCGCCCUUCUCUCGGCCCUGCGAGGCGCUGCGUGAGGCGGAAUCAUGGCAAGUCCAAGAACAAGGAAAGUCCUCAAGGAAGUCAGAGCACAAGAUGAGAACAAUGUCUGUUUUGAAUGUGGUGCAUUUAACCCCCAGUGGGUGAGUGUGACCUAUGGAAUUUGGAUCUGUCUGGAGUGCUCAGGAAAACACCGAGGCUUGGGAGUUCACCUCAGUUUUGUGCGUUCUGUAACCAUGGACAAGUGGAAGGAUAUUGAGCUGGAGAAAAUGAAAGCAGGAGGUAACAGCAAAUUCCGGCAGUUCUUGGAGUCUCAAGAUGAUUAUGAUCCAUGCUGGACAAUGCAAGAGAAAUACAACAGCAAAGCUGCAGCUCUGUUUAGAGACCAGGUAGCUACAGUAGCUGAAGGCAAGGAGUGGUCCAUUGAAACUUCUCCUGCCAGGAACUGGACCCCACCUCAGCCUAAAAUGUCUCUGUCUUCUGCUCACCGUUCUGCUGGACAAUCUCAUACUGCAACUGCCUCUUCUGACAAGGCUUUUGAAGACUGGUUAAAUGAUGAUGUCAGCUCCUACCAAGGUGGCCAAGAGAAUCGCUACGUGGGGUUUGGGAACACAGUAAACCCUCCAAAAAAAGAGGAUGACUUCCUGAAUAAUGCCAUGUCCUCGUUGUACUCGGGAUGGAGCAGUUUUACAACUGGAGCAAGCAAAAUUGCCUCAGCUGCUAAAGAGGGUGCUACCAGAUUUGGAUCUCAAGCAAGUCAAAAGUUUUGGGGCUACAAGCAGCAGCCAGAGCCGGCAUCAGAGUUAGGUCAGACAUUAAAUGAAAAUGUUCUCAAACCUGCACAGGAAAAGGUGAAAGAGGGGAAAAUAUUUGAGGAGGUCACCACGGGGGUAUCACAGUUGGCCAGCAAGGUUCAGGGAGUUGGGAGUAAGGGAUGGAGAGAUGUCACCACUUUCUUUUCAGGCAAAGCAGAUGAUAAUUCUGACAGACCAGCUGAGGGAGACAGCUACCAGAACAGUGGAGGGGAGGGCUACCAGAACAAUGCUGUAGAUCAAAGCUUCUGGGAGACCUUUGGCACCUCAGAUGCACCAAAAGCUCAUAAAUCUCCAAGCAGUGAGAGCUGGACCUAUGUGGACAAUUCCACAGAGAAGAAGAGCUCGGAUAGCUGGGACGUGUGGGGCUCAGGAACGGUCUCCAACAAGAACAGUAACAGCGACAGCUGGGAAAACUGGGAGACCAACUGGGAGAACGCAGGAGGGGAGAGCAAGACCAGAAAACCUCCUAAGGCAACAAAAAAUGCGUGGGAUGACUUUUAGAACUGUGUUAACCUGCUCUGCACAGCUGGGAAAGGGAGGCUGUGCUGGUUGAUGGAGGGGAGGAAGUUUUACACACACCUGGAAUAUCAUGGCUGACCUUUCUGAUCUGUUUGUGCUUCCCAUUCAUUCUCCUUCCUUCUACCCCGGUAUAGGGAAAAAAAAAGUAGCAUCUGAAUCUUUUCUUACAUAAAGGUGGCUCUACCUUUUUUAAGGAUAGUGAUAAGUAUAUUCUCCUUGCACUAUUGGAGCUGGCUACAGCAACUAUCUUAACACAAAUGUUAAAGGAGGGAAAUCAGUGCAAGGACACUUCCAUGGCACAACCUUGCAUGUGUAGGUUAAUAGGUGUUCAUCCAGUCCUCAUCUAAUUUGAGAUUUGGGGUGUUUAAUGCAAACAAAGGACAGGGUGUGACUUGGAAAGACAGCCAUUAACUGGGCAAGCUGCAGUUGGAUACAUCGAGUUCCAAUGCCUUAUGGAUUGCUCUGACUACAGGAGGUCUGGCAAUUCAAGAUGGUCUUUAACAUAUUUUUUAUUGAAGCUUUGUUUUUUAACAUUGUGACAUUAUUUUUUUUUUAGUAUUUGAAAAUUUAUUUUUCUCCUUUAGAAUUCAGAAUGAAUCUAGAGCUAGAUAAUAAUUUGUGUGAACUUAAAGGAUUGACCUGAGCUCUCAAGGGAUGUCCAGAAUGGCUUUAUUUGCCCACCUUACUCAAUGGAUUGAGUUUUCACUCAAUUUUAGUUUCUGCUGCACAGAAAAGCAAAGCUGUGAUGUUUUCCUUCCUCACCUACACCCUUGCCCCUGUUAAAAUAUUUUACGUAGUCUCUUUUUUCUUUCUUCCUUCUACCUGUGUAGUAUUUUAUUAAUGUUGUUAAAAAAAGAAAUCUUUCUGCUGCUUAUGUCCUUCUGGACAUCUGUUCGGCAACCUGGCAGCAAAAAAAAAAAAAAAUUAUAAAGAAGAUUCCAGCAAGAAAAAAUGUGUGGAAAAUACAAGAGCAUUGAGGAAAAAACCUGGCAGCAAGCCCCUUUCAAGAUGAGUAGAUGUCUGGAUUUAAUAGUAAAAUUUAAUUUAAGCAGAUGUUUUCCAAAUGGUUCUUUAGUGUGUCAAGAUGUAUCUCUGUUUCUGUCAUACAUUUCUCCACAUUUUUUUCCUGGAUCUUGUUAAAGAAACACUAUUUUGGAAACAUGAGAAACUCUUUGUCAGCAUUAAGGACUGGAACAGGAGAUUGAGUUAUGUGUCAGUUUUGACCCAGCAAAUCUCUUUGCAUGACACAAACCAUAACUUCUAGAGAAGAACUGUGACUUCUAACAUCAGAGGUAUCCUAGGUAUCCCAUUUAUUUUGGGGGAAUGGGUUGUGAAUGUACCUUCAGCACGAAAACAGUCAGCUCACUUGAAAACUCAAAUCAUGAUGUUCUCUGUGGUCUGCUUUUCCAGCAUGGAGUUCUUUCUGUGAACCCUAUAGAUCCUAUUACAUACCUAAAAAGCCUUUUCUUUUAAAAAUUGGUUAAUUUGUUCAACAACUAUACAAAGGCAUCAAAAUUACCUUAAAUAACACUCCACUUCUUUUACUCCUCACAAAGGUUUUUGAGCAGAUAGUACUAUCAACAGUUUAAAAAGGAAAGAAAAUUAAUUUCCUCAUAAGUAGCAGAUUUUAAAGGCUUAAGUCUGAGUAGAAGUAGCUCUGUUUACAGCCUGAGUCUGUAUUUCUAUUCCUAAGAUCUUUCAGAUGGUGAACAGAAUAUUUUUCCAGUCUUCUCUCACCCUGUUCUGUGAGAGUUGGAAUUUCUCUUUUCCCCCUUGCCUCUCCUAGAGCGUGGUCUGAAGCUCAUGGUCUCUGAGGCUCUGCAGCAGGACCCAGAGCUGCUCAGACCCAAGUGCUGCUCCAGGCUGAGCCAUUCCCAAGGUCCCUGCUGUCACAGACCCUGUGGAAGUGCCAAAGGCACGAGAGCUCUUGGUUUGCAGUGCUGCUCAUGGUACCAUUGGCAGCAGUUCACAGCUGGACUAAAACCAGCAUUUUUUUCUACUUUUUCUCUGGUUCCAAGUAUAACUUUGUCAUAGCUUAGCUGCAUGUCAGACAUAACUUUGUUUUUUUAUGCUUAUGCCUCUGUUGCCUCCCUGUCAAUGUGUCUGCUGCCCAGUCUGAAGCUGAUUCAGCUUCUUCUGUACAAAUUUAUUACAGUUUCUCUUUCAUAAACCUCCUGAAAUGG